GCGCGCAGCUGGUGAAGAGGAAGAGUUUUGAAUGAUGUGCGGCUUGAAGGAAACAAAGUUGGAUUUUAUUCCUAGUUUGAUGUAAACUGGCGAGGAAUGUAGAAUUGGUUUUCCUAAAUUAGUAAUUGAGGGACUCAACGUUUGACUGAUAUUCGGAAUCAACUUUCAAAUGAAGUUACAUCGUUGCUGUGUUUUAUUUUAGGCCAUUGACUCGAAUCCGGCUUUCUUUUAGAAUGGAUCUCUCAAGGUUUGUUCUAUUUCUUAUUUCGAUUUGCUGCUUGCAGCAAACAACGAUGUCGAAACCAGAGUUCAGGCACCACGAUCAUGAAGAUAUGAUAAGGUAUAUGAAAGAAAUAGCCGAACGGUGUCCAGACAUUACUAGACUUUACGACAUUGGUAGUUCAGCUCUCGGGAGAAAGUUGAUUGUGAUGGAAGUGUCAGACAAUCCUGGUGUUCAUGAGCCUUUAGAACCAGAGUUUAAGUACAUAGGAAAUAUGCACGGGAACGAAGUUGUUGGAAGAGAAAUGUUGCUUUUACUACUGGAUAAUAUAUGUACGGAAUAUAGAUAUGGGAACAAGACGAUCCAGAACUUAGUGAAUAACACAAGGAUACACGUUAUGCCGACGAUGAACCCCGAUGGAUAUGCAAAGUCGAAGGAGAGAGAUUGUGAUGGUGUUACUGGAAGAGCAAACAGUAAUGAUGUCGAUUUGAAUCGCAACUUCCCGGACCAAUUCCACAAUAAACCCGGAUACCGAGCCGAGAAAGAAACGCAAGCAGUGAUGGACUGGCUUAGAAGCGUGCCAUUCGUGUUAUCUGCAAAUCUACACGGCGGUUCGCUCGUUGCCAACUAUCCCUAUGACGACAAUGUAGAACUGAAAGACAAGUACAGUCGAAGUCCCGAUGAUGAUAUAUUCAGGCAUUUGGCCUUGGCCUACUCCACGAACCACGCGACCAUGUGGAAGGGGAGACCGAUGUGUCGUGACUCUCUCGAUGAAACAUUUGUGGGAGGAAUAACAAAUGGUGCCCAGUGGUACAGUGUGGCCGGUGGAAUGCAGGACUUCAACUAUGCCCAUUCGAAUUGCUUCGAAAUUACUGUCGAAAUGGCCUGUUGCAAGUUCCCCUCCUCGGGCAAACUGCCACAUCUUUGGGAAGACCACAGAAGAGCGCUUUUCAAAUUCUUGUCAAUGGUUCAUAUGGGUGUCAAAGGAAUGGUCAAAUUCGCCAACGGAACAGUUAUCCCCAACGCUGCUAUUCAGGUCAGUGGACAUAAACACGUUAUUAAAUCUACGCAGUAUGGUGACUACUUCCGCCUCUUACUUCCUGGAACUUACAAAAUAACAUGCACAGGGGAUGGUAAAAGCUUGACAGUUGACAUUACAAUUAAGGAGAUGCCUGUAGUUCUGGAUUUUAUUGUGACGGGGGAUACCAUCGCAGGCCAGUUCGUACACCCGAAGCCUAAAACAGAAAAAUUUGCAAUUAAAGAAGACGAAGUGGACGUUGCUGAGCAACGGUCAUUGGAUAAAAGCAGCCUCGAAACCGAUUCCCUGACUGGCUUGCGAAGUAAGGUUGGUGGAAAGAGAAGUCUGUCCGAUAAUGCAAUAGCGGCCAUUGUUAUCAUCACAAUUGGUUUUAUUGUUUGCGUUGUUGCUGGAGUGGUGCUGUUCAGAAGGCUGAAGGAACUUCGUGAGGUUGAGAAAGGGUACAGCCGGAUAGGGGAAGACCCAGAAACAAGCUCGUUUAAGUAGCGUUAACAAGCCAGUGCACUGUAAAAUUAAUUUUCUUCAUUUGUUUUGGUUAAAAAUCGGGUCUUUGCUUCGUUUUAAAACAUUAAAUGUAAAAAUUUGAAAAAGAUAUGAAAUUUAAUUUUUCCAUUUCCAAAAAGGAUAAUAGAAGAUGUGACGAUGGCCUGGUAGCCUUGUUGGCAGAUUAGCCUCGUUUGCAGUGACUACAGGUUGCUGAAAAGUUUUUGCAUGAAAUGUUCAUUGCAAAAUUUGAGCUUCAAUUGUGCUUCUUCGAAGAGUUUUCAAAGAUAUAAUUCCCUUGAAACAACAUUCACAAAUAGAAUAUUUUACACCGGAAUCAAAUGUUUUCAAAACUUCGCCCUGUAGUUUUGCAGCAAUGUAGUUUUGCGGCGUUCAUUUCAAAGGGUGUUCCUUCCGACUGUGGUCGCAAAGCUCUUGCCCAUUUCAAAAGAUCUUAGAAUCUAUUGAAAUCUGCUUGGAAGACUGGAGGCUAUGUGCGUUCAGUUUUACUUUAAAAUAAUCCUUUAGGAAAAUCGCGGUGAAGGACCACUGAUGUUUUCUUUUAGAAGAUAUCAGACUAUUUAUCCAAGCUUUUUUCCAAUUGCGCAUCUCACCAUGGCAUUGCCACGCAUUUGUUUCCAGUUAGCAACCAUUAAACGCCUAAAGAAAUUGAAUUUCAUCAAAACUCCUCUUAAAUCCGACUGCUUACCAUUGAAGCAUUCUAAUUGUUUUUCUUUUUUGAUCGAGGAAACUAUUUAUUAUCCCGUAGUUGUAUUAUAUUUCAUUUUGGCAUAUAAAUGUCGUGUGCUUCAUGUGAAAAUAUUUUAUUAUAAUUAAUCUGGAAUUAAGAAUAUUUAAUUGCUUUUAGAUGUAGCCUUGAAUUUGCGCAUGCGCAAAUGUUGUUUGCCCCAGUCUCGCGUAGGUAACCCUUAAUUACAAUUUGAUAUGUUAUAUCAUGUUAUCGUCUGGCUGUGAUCAAAAGUUAUUUAAUUUCAAUUCAUGCAUUGAAAAAAUAUAUAUUGCAUUGUAAUCGAA